GGUAGGCUGCUGGUGGCUUUGAGACCUUGGACGACUAGAGUAGGCACCAAGAUGGCGGCAGCGGUGUCUGGCAGCCGCGGAGGGAGUCGGUUUCUGGCGGCUGGGCUACUUCGCAGCCGUGUAGCCAUCGUCACAGGGGGAGGCACAGGCAUCGGCAAGGCCAUCACCACCGAUCUGCUGCAGCUCGGUUGUAAUGUAGUUAUUGCCUCUCGCAAACUUGACAGAUUGGAAGCUGCAGCGAAGGAGCUGGCUGCCAAACUUCCAUCCACAGAUUCUCCCCAGGUUACCCCUAUACAGUGCAACAUUCGCAAAGAAGAGGAGGUAGAGGCGCUGGUGAAAUCAACAAUGGAUCUUCAUGGUAGGAUAGAUUUCUUGGUCAACAAUGGAGGAGGCCAGUUUCCUAGCCCAGCAGAAGCAAUUAGUUCAAAAGGCUGGCAUGCAGUGAUUGACACUAACUUGACUGGGACCUUCUACUGUUGUAAAGCAGUGUACAAUGCUUGGAUGCAGGAUCAUGGAGGCGCUAUUGUCAACAUUGUGGCUGAUAUGUGGAAAGGGUUUCCUGGCAUGUCGCACAGUGGUGCAGCAAGAGCUGCAGUUGAUAACCUGACCAAAAGCUUAGCUGUUGAGUGGGCCCACAGAGGAGUGAGAAUUAAUUCCAUUGCCCCGGGAGUGAUAUUUUCAGAAACUGCUGUUGCACAUUACAUAGGUGGUGAAGAAAUUUUUAAAAGCUAUAUCAAAAAGAUUCCUGCAAAGAGAUUAGGAGUUCCUGAGGAGGUAUCUCCUUUGGUGUGUUUCCUGCUCUCUCCAGCUGCCUCUUUUAUAACUGGAGAAACGGUGAAGAUUGAUGGUGGACAGGGCAUAUAUAGUUGCCCCUGGGAAGUUCCAGAUCAUAACAGGUGGCCAUCUACUCCAGAUGGAGAUAAUUCCAAAGAACUCAAGAUGAUGCUUUCAGGAAAACCUUUGUCAAAGCUGUAAAUCAAAGAAAUGGGGUUAGCCCCUUUCCAUCCCUAUCAAUGGAGAAAUGCUGCCUUUCAGUAACUGACUGCAGUCUUAAGGAACCCAGCCUCACUGGGAUAAAAAGCUGUGCUUUACUUUCUUAUAAUGAUUGCUCCAAAAGUCCUCGCAGGAACAAUUACUUGUCAACAUGUGCUGUUGCUGGCUUUGAUGUAAAAGAGUAAAUUUGUCUUGCACAACUUCUGCUUUUGCAAUUUGUACAUUGCAUUAGCAAGGUACUGAAGUAAAUUAAGGCCAAAGUUCUGUAUUUUGCUAUCACAGCCUCUCCGAUUGCUUUGCAUUGAUUACUCACUUCUGUCAUAACAGUGUAUGGCACAGCUCUGAGAAAUGACAAGUGUUGGCAUAUAAUAAACUGAUGGUUUGUAUUUA